AUGGAUUUUGCAAUUGCUUCACACAACAUUGAUUUUGUUUCUUUCAUGAUGAAUGAAUAUAAUAUAAAAUUCAAAUUAAUAGAAUCUGGGAGAUUCCACAAUCUUCAUGCAUUUUUAGUUUAUUAUGAUCAAACAAAAGAUAUUAACGGAUGUAUGGCAGCAUCUUCUCUUUUUGACAUCCCAUCACUUUGUGAAUAUUUCAUUUCGAAAGGAGCAGAUAUCAAUGCAAGAUGUAAUGAUAACACAGCUCUUCAUUUGGCAGCAAAAAAAGAUUGUAGCAAAGCAGCAAAUUUUCUUAUUUCAAAAGGCGCCAAUAUGGAGUUAAAAUAUUAUGAUAGAAACACUGCUCUUGAUUUAGCAGCUCAAAAUAAUAGUGUUGAAACAUUACGAAUCCUACUUUUACAUGGUGCGAAUAUGAAUUCAAAAGCUGAUGGUGGUAGGUCUGCAUUACAUCAUGCUGCUUCAUUUAAUAAAAGAGAAGCAAUCGACAUUCUAAUUUCAUUUGGUGCAGAUGUCAAUGCCAAAGAUGAUUAUGGUACAACUCCACAAUUAUAUUAA